CCCAAUAGCAGGGUAAGAUGUUAAUGAAGCUUCAAGAUGGCGGCGAGGUAAACACGUUUUUGGACUGAAAGAUGUGGAGUGGGCUGUUGCCUCCUGGUGUGAAUGAAAGUGAUGUUGACUUGAGUUCUGAUGAUGGAGACCCAGUGGAUGGCCCUUUAUCUUGCUCCAAGGAAGAUAAAGGAGAUGAGGAUGUCAAAGGAGUUCAGGUUUCUGAUUUUCAGACAAAUAGACCUGAGAGUAUCAUUGAAAGUAAAUCCAUUCCUAUAGCAGUGGCAGAUGGAGAAAAUGAAUGUCAAGAAUGCCCUUCUGGAGUUUCUUUAAAAAUGUGGAAUAAAUUUCAGGAGCUGCAGAAGAAAAACUUUGAAAUGAAAGUCCAAACAAAUCAGGGAAACAGGGGAAAAAAGAGAAAACAUUGCAGAAAAGAAAAACUGAAAAAGAGCAAAAAAGAAGUGAUUGAAAGUCAGCAAUCUUCAAAUGAAGGUCAGUGGAAGGAACUCUCACAAUACUUUGGAAUUAAUGAUAGGUUUGAAUCUCUUGUGAGCAACAGGGCUGCCCAAAAGUCUGGUCUUGAAGUCAGCAUAGACAAGUCUUUGACUGAAGGGGAUAUUGAGAGAGCUGAGGAACUGAGUAAUAGAUUAGCCACUCGUGAGCUCGGCGUGAAAAUUGCUAAAGCUGUUGCUUGUCGCAACUUUGUAAAAGCCAAGCAAGAUACGGAGGCUUCCCAAGAAGCUCGAAAGAAAAAGAAGCUUGCCUGGGGAUUUGAAGCGAAGAAAAGAUGGGAAACAAAAAGCAACAUGGGAUACAUGUAGUUCUGUCUUGAUCACAUCUGAAAGCAAAGCUGUUUUAAAAUAUAAUAAUUGGGGGUUUAAUACAGUACAUGCUGCCUCUUUUAUGCUUGCAUAACUAAAUCUUGAACAGUUAAGCAAGGUUGAUAGUAGUUUAAAAAAACUAAGCAAAACCUGUUUGUUUACUUAUUUCCUGUAAUUCUGUUAGAUUUCAAUAUCUUGUUUCAAAUUCCUGUUAAAAUUGUAGUGGGAAUAGAUAUUUUAUUAUUGCACACAGAAACUUAACAUUCCACUCGUUCUCCAAAUUGAGAAAAUUCUGUAUAACACAUCUCAGUCUGAAGAAUUGUGGAGCCUGGUCAAGAGUCCCAUAAAACUGGACCCAAAUAUUCAGUGUAGUAAGGUUCUGUUAGGUGGUUAUGACUUUUAUAAUGAUAAAAUAUUCAUGUCAGUGAUCCAUGGGUGUGGGAAAAGGGACAGGUUCUUCAUUUAAAAAAAAAAAUCAAUAUCUUAUCAAUUAUACAUCUGAUCUACUAAGUAGUACAGAUCUUAUCACAGUAUUGUUUUGAGGCUGCUCUUUGAACCAUUUGGAUACAAGAUACUAGUUGAUUGAGUUGAAGAUAUACCAUGAAAUGCCUGAAGAAUAUCAGAAUAUUGACUUUUGUGACCUUACCCAAUGCUCCUUUUAUUUAGUUGUAUUAAGUUAUGAAAAUAAUUUUAAAUUAAGCUAUUGUCUAUACUACUAAAAGUAUCUUGUCUUUGUAUUAUUUAUUUAUGUGGCUAAAUGAAUCGCAACAGAAAAUUUUAGUCUGAGAGUUUGUGAAGCGCAAUGCUUAGAUUCAUUGGGUGGAUCUAGUAUGCCCCAUGUCCUGGAACCACCAUCUUGAAAACCCUUCCAGUUUAUCCUUCACCACUUACUUCACAUGUAUUCAAGUUUUAAUAUCCCUAUCUUGUCAAUUGGACAAAAUGUAGAAAUAGGAGUCUUGAAAAUAUCUAAGUGGAGUUGAUCAACUUACACUCGAAUAUCAAAUAUCUAAGUGGAGUUGAUCAACUUACACUCGAAUAUCAAAUGCAAAUUUUAUUCAGUGCCAAAUGUUUUAUAAAAUAAUUAUUCUUUGAA